AUGCUGCUCGUUGCCUCGGCCGCAGCCGCACACAAGCUCGCGGCACCGGCUUCGCCGACGCCUGCCGCCGCGGCCCUUCGCCGCGCGCUCCUCUUUUCCGGCUUCGAGCCUCCGCCGCGCGUCACCAGGCUCAUCGAGGCAUCGGCCGCGCAGGGCGCGCUGGACGAUCUCGACUCGGCCUCGGCCGAUUUCGAGGCCACCGUGCGCCGCCUGCGAGACGCGGCCGGCUUUUCCGGCUCGCCCGCCUGGCAUGACCCCAGCGGCCUGCCGUGGGCUGGCGCGCUCGAGGCCGCAGCUCCAGCCAUCCGCGCGGAGCUGCUCUCGGUGCAGGAGCAGCAGGCGGAGGAUGCGGCGUCUUGGGGCGGCGCGGACUACGAGGCCAUAGCCGCAGAGUGGCGGAUCUUCCACCUCUGGAAGGACGGCGCGUGGUUGCCGGAGGCGGUGGCCCGCUACCCGCAGACCGUCGCGCUGCUUCGGCGGCUCGAGGCGUCCCACGGGCUGCGGCUCAACCCGCUGCAGAAUGUGGCGUGCGGCUUCGCGCGCCAGCCUCCAGGCUCGGGCAUCGCUCCGCACUGCGACGGCAACCUGCUCGGGCUGACGUGCCACCUCGGGCUGCGCGUGCCGGCCGGGGAGGAGUGCUGGAUCGAGGUGGGCGGCGAGCGGCGGAGGUGGCGCGAGGGCCAGCUCCUGCUGAUGGACACCACGCAGACGCACUCCACGCGCAACGGCGGCGAGUGCGACCGCGACAUCCUCAUGCUCAACGUGCUUCGGCCCGAGCUCGACGCGGGGGAGUUGGAGGCGUUCGCGCACUACCUCCGCGCGCCGCCGCUGCGGCUGCUCGCCCUCAACCCGGGCUGGCUGAGCGUGCCGUCGGGCGCGCUCUGCUGCGCUCCGAGCGGCGAGGAGGAGGGGCGCGAGGAGGGGGGAGCCGUGAGGCUGCUCCCGGCCGGGCCGUGGCUGCCGCAGCGGCCGCAGGGCGGCACCGACGGCGUCGUGCGGUUCGAGCCGCUGUCCGACCGGCGGUACCGCGUCGCGAGCGGGGCGGCGCUGGUGCCGCGCGAGCUGCCGUCGGAGGCGGCCGCGCCGAGCCGGCUGCUGCCGCCCCUGCCUCCGGGCGCCGAUGUGGAGCCGUGCGCAGCAGCCAUCGACGCCGAGGGGUGCCUCGAGUGGGUGGGCGUGGCCGCCGGCCGCGAGAGCGCGUGGCUGCGCCCCUCGCGGGAGGGGACGGCGGCAGAGGCGCCGGAAGAGGCGCGGGGCGAGGAGGCGCAGGAUGUGCUGCUCGCGCACCGGAGGCUGCUGCGCGAGCCGCAGCGCUUCCUCGCGUGGCUGCCCGUCUACGAUGCGGACGACGAAGAGCUUCUCGAUCUCGUGAGGGACAGUGAUGCUGCGGGUGGCCAAACAUGAGGUUGAUCAAACACGAAACAGCGAUUUUGACACUUCAAAAAAUUUGCGUCGC